AUGAACGGCUCCGAUGCCGAAGGUCCAGUCUCUCGGGGACGGGGACGAAGACGGGAGGAAUCCAUAGAGCCGGACGUGGAGAAACCGGCAACGAUACCGUCCAGCCCAGCGGAUGACGAUGAAGGCGCCACCACUGACCGUGAUCCGGAUGAACUCGACGGCGGUGGAUUGAUCGACGAGGAGAACAACGAUGGCCACCGACCCACCAUGCGCGAGAUCCGCUCCCACAGCCGGAGCAAGAGCCUGUCCCGAGCGGCUCUCCCCGGCAGUAUCCUCGGCAGCGUCGUGGGAGGAGGAGGAGGGGAAGGAGGAGGGAGAGGAAGAGGAAUCGGCACGGCCGUGGACCGUUCCGUGUCCCGACCCGAGUCCAUAUUGUCGCGCAUCCGGUCGCGACCCAGGCCAGGCUUCACCCACCCCCUGAUGGCGUGGCCGACGUCGCCGGAUCACGUCGUCGACUUUGACGGUCCCGACGACCCGUACCACCCCCUCAACUGGGCGACGUGGAAAAAGGUGGUCACCACCGGCCUGUACGGGCUCAUCACCAUGUCGGCCACGUGGGCAUCGUCGGCCUACGCCGCCGGCACGGAGCAGGUGGCCGACGAGUUCGGCGUCGGCCGCCAGGUCGCCACCUUGGGCACCAGCCUGUUCCUCCUCGGCUUCGGCGUGGGACCGCUGCUCUGGGCCCCGCUGAGCGAGGUCUACGGCCGGAGACCGGCCGUCAUGCUGCCCAUGCUGGUGUCCGUCUUCUUCAGCUUCGGGAGCGCCACGGCCAAGGACCUCCAGACCCUCAUGAUCACCCGCUUCUUCGCCGGCUACUUCUCGUCGGCACCUGUCAGCAAUACCGGCGGUGUGCUCGGCGACCUGUUCACCGCGUCUACGCGUGCCGUGGCCCUCAUGGGAUAUGCGCUGGCUGUCGUCACCGGCCCGGUAAUAGGCCCCAUCGUCUCUGCCGCCGUCGUCCAGCAAGACGAUCUCGGCUGGCGCUGGACCGAGUACCUGACGGGGAUGCUGCAGGCGGCCGUCCUCGUCGUCGGCGUCAUCUUCAUCGACGAGAGCUACCCGCCCGUGCUGCUGGUGUACAAGGCGCGGCGGCUGCGCUUCGAGUCGGGGAACUGGGCGCUCCAUGCCCGGUUCGAGGAGUGGGACGUCAGCGUCGCCGAGAUGGCCAAGAAGUUCCUGGUGCGUCCGGUGCAGCUGCUGACGACGCCCAUCUGCUUCCUGGUGGCCCUGUACGCGAGCUUCUGCUACGGCAUCCUGUACAUGCAGCUGGGCGGCAUCCCCAUCAUCUUUGCCGAGCACCGGGGCUGGAACCCGUUCGUGGCCUCCCUGGUCUUCCUCAACAUCCUCAUCGGCGUCUUCCUCGGCUGCGGCGUCAACUUCCUCAACCAGAAGCACUACACCAAGGCCUACCGGGCCGCCGGAAACAGGCCCGUCCCCGAGCGGAGACUGCCACCCAUGAUGGUGGGCGCCGUCCUCUUCAGCGCCGGCCAGUUCGUCACCGGCUGGACGGCCGAUGCCGAGUACCACUGGAUCAUCCCCUGCAUCGGCUUCGUCCUGUUCGGCACCGGCUUCUUCACCCUCUUCCAGGCCGCCCUCAACUACCUGGUCGACACGUUCCAGGCCAACGCCGCCUCUGCCGUGGCUGCAAACACCUUUCUGCGGUCCGUCUUUGCGGCCGCGCUGCCGCUGGUCGUCGGUCCGAUGUACCACAACAUCGGCAUCGGACCGGGCAUGUCCAUCAUGGGCGGGUUCGCCACUCUGCUGAUACCGGUACCGUACGUGUUUUUCAUCUAUGGUAAGAGGAUAAGGGCGAGAUAUAAAUGGUCCAAGGCUUCGGUAUACGAUGAGAAGUAG